GACAUUGCAUCCAUCUUUCAAGGAAAGCGAACAAUUUUUAUUUUGAAUGAAUUGAUUAGCGGCGAAGUAAGCUCGACAAAACAUUGAUUUUUUCGCUAAACACAAUGCUUUUUUCUGCAUAAAAGUUAGUCUAUUUUUGGAAUAUCACCAAGCAACGUUUCGCCUAAAGUUUUACUUGUCACUCUGCAUUGAAGACUGAAACGGUUGGAUAUAUCAUGUUAUCCUUUCCUAUUUGAGAAAUAUAUCAUCCAAACAUCCGUUUAAUACAUGUAUAAUAUUUGCAGAUCGAACCGGAAAAGAGAAUCGCUGGAAAGUAAAGAGCUGUAAAGCUACUGGUCCAUAAAGAUGGAGGACCAAAAGACAUGUAUAGAAUGGGCAGUGGAAGGCGAGCGCUUAUGCAAAUUAGGCCAAUGCCAAAAGGGCAUCGAAUAUUUUUUGAAGGCGAUCGACGCAGGAACAGAAGAUAAGCGAGUUCUUAGUGCGAUUUACAGUCAAAUGGGCAAUGCUUAUUUUUAUCUCCAAAAUUAUACCAAGGCAUUUCAAUAUCAUAAACUCGACCUGCAACUAGCCAGAACAAUGGGCGAUAAGUUGGGUGUAGCAAAAGCGAGUGGAAAUUUGGGUAAUACCUUAAAAGUUCUUGGACAGUUUGAUGAAGCUAUUGCCUGCUGCGAAAAGCAUCGAGAUAUUUGCCGAGAGGAAGGCAACUUGGAAGGAGAGGCCAGAGCACUUUACAAUCUCGGUAAUGUUCUACAUGCCAAAGGCAAGCAUGAUGGAAGAAACAACACACACGAUCCCGGUCACUUUCCCUUAGAAGUUAAAGAAAGCUUAACCCGUGCUGCAAAGUAUUACGAAGAGAACUUAUCCGUUCUAAGAAAGCUACCUAAGCCGGAUCGUGCGGCAGAAGGAAGAGCUUGUGGAAAUUUAGGUAAUACACAUUAUUUACUGGGAAACUUCGGUGAAGCCAUGAAAUACCACGAACAGAGAUUGGCUAUAGCAAAAGAAUUUGGCGAUAAGGCAGCUGAAAGAAGAGCUUACAGUAACUUGGGUAAUGCUCAUAUUUUCUUGGGUCAUUUUACUCAAGCAUCUGAAUAUUAUAACAAAUGUCUUCAAGUUGCUAAAGAGCUUGGUGAAAAAGCUCUAGAAGCUCAAGCCUGUUAUAGCUUGGGAAAUACUUACACUCUAAUGAGACAAUACGAAAGAGCUAUAGAAUAUCAUGUUCAGCAUUUGACUAUAGCCCAGCAAUUGAAUGAUCAAGUUGGUGUUGGCAGAGCAUGCUGGAGUUUAGGCAAUGCAUAUGCAGCUUUGGGUGAAAACACACAAGCUCUAGAAUAUGCAAACAGACACUUGAAAAUAUCCCAAGAAAUUGGAGACACUGUCGGGCAAACUACAGCUAAUUCUAACAUAGCUGACCUGAAAAAUUUAAUAACAACAAAUGAUAGUAACUGUGAGAAAAUUGAGCAUAAACGUCGAGAACAAAUCAGAAGAAACAGUAUGGAGAACUUACAGCUGUUAAAGCUUACACCUGAUCAGAAAAAGCAAGCUAACGAAAGUGAUGGCGAUACAAAGCUGCAACCUUGCGACGAAGAGCUUUUCGAGAAACUGUUAGAGGCUAGUUCUCGUAGAAUAGAUGAUCAACGUUUUGAUGCUAGUAGAGUUUCUACAGGUAAAUAAUUAAAAAUUUUAAGUAUAAACUAAAAUAAGUCUUUUUAAACGCUUGUGUCUCGUUCAUCAAAAAUUGCAUGUUUAUAAAACGUUAGAUGGUGAAAUGGAGGAAGCGUUUCUAAACCUAGUUGAAGGUUUGCAAAGUUGUCGAAUGAACGAACAAAGAAGUGAUUUACCCCCUUCAGGUGUUAUAUUUACCUGUUGUGAACAAAUUUUUAUUACCCCUAUCACAUUUAUUGCACUUGGGCACGUUUUAUUCUAACCCGAAAGUACUAAAACGCCUUUCAUUGCAAGAAUAAUGAGUUUUUUAUUAAUAAACAGUUCGAAGUGAUGUUUUGGAAAGAGAAGAUUCAGAUGGUUUGAAUGGUAUACCAGCCGUCCGCAAAAAUUCUCUUCCGGACGAUGACUUUUUCGACAAUCUAAUGAGAUGUCAAGGCUCGAGAAUUGAAGAACAGCGUUCAGAACUACCAACGAGACCUUUGGCUCCGACAGUCCCCGAUGAAGACUUCUUCGCUUUGUUACAUAAAUUUCAGUCGAAUCGAAUUGAAACUCAACGUUCUAAAAUGCCUGAAGUACCUAUUACCAGUGAUUCGACAUCAUCAAUUCAAAAAACAUCUUCAAUUAAGAAGAAGUUUGGUAGGAAGACUUAAAAAUCAGUUUGUCUAGCGAUCAAAAUACUCGCCUUUUAUGUUGUUCAAAGUUUAUUUCAAAACAUUUUAACAUGAUUCUUAUAUUUUUUUCACCAAUCAUUAAAAAAAAAGAUGCACAAGACUAAUUUUUCGCUUUCGACAAUUCUUCAGUAACUACAUUAUUUAUCGCCAAUGUAGCCUUUCUGUACUCAUGAUAUUGCAGAAAUCCGUCGUUAUCUCGAUCAAAUGAAUUUAGGCAGAUGUCAACGAUUC